AUGAAUGGAAAUAAGUGCAGAUAUCUUCCUGUUAUUAUACAGAUGGAGAAUGAGUUAGAUUCAGCUCGUUCUGAAAUCGAACUCCUUAGGAGUCAGAUGACAAAUGAGAGAAUCUCCAUGCAGAAUCUAGAAACUUUGCUGGUGGCCAAUCGAGACAAAGAAUAUCAGUCUCAAAUAGCGCUGCAAGAAAAAGAAUCUGAAAUUCAGCUUCUUAAAGAACACCUUUGUUUGGCAGAAAAUAAAAUGGCCAUCCAGAGUAGAGAUGUGGCCCAGUUCAGAAAUGUAGUAACACAACUGGAGGCUGAUUUGGAUAUUACCAAAAGACAACUAGGGACUGAGCGUUUUGAAAGGGAGAGAGCUGUUCAAGAACUUCGUCGCCAAAAUUAUUCAAGUACUGCAUAUCAUAUGAGUACAACAAUAAAGCCAAAUACCAAAUGUCAUUCGCCAGACCGUACUCACCAUCGAUCUCCUGACCGGGGCCUCGAUCGAUCAUUGGAAGAGAAUCUUUGCUAUAGAGAUUUCUGACAUGAAGAUUCUUCACUUUCUUGGGAAAGCUCAAAAUUACAAAAAAAAUUUUUUUUUUUUUUUGCUAUAUGAUUGCAUUUAUCUUUUGAAUGCUUGACAAUGUUGAAUGUAUUUAUUAACUUUGUGCCUCUGAAUCUCUGUUGUCAUGUGCCAUAUCGCUUGAUCUGAGAUGACUUAUAGAAACAAAAAUGUGUAUGGCUCUUUCUAUCCAUACAGUAAUAGUGAGUAUAAAAUCUGCUUACUUCACUAUGAAACACUGUUAUGUUAACUAUCCGGAGUAAAUAAAGAAGCUUAUAAAAAGAGGGAAAAGUGUUUUUACAAAACUGAUUUCCUUUCCUUUCUUAGUAUCUCAAAAUAAUUGGUUGGUUAACUUUUUUCUUUGUGAUUUAUGCUUUUAUGGCUAGAGAAGUUGUGCCAAUGUAGGCAUGGUUUACCGAUACUGGCCUAGGUCUAUAUAUUUCAUUUUGGAACCAACCUAACAUAAAUUCCAUGCCAUAUUUGACUUCAGUUCAGCAGAAAGUAGGAGUGUGUCAGGGUUUUUAAAUCCAUACUAAUGUAGACUCAAAGAUGAAUUAACAUACAUUUUUGACAAUUGUGUUUACUGCUGUUUUUAGGAAGGUAGGUAAUGCUCUUUCGGUCAAGAAUGUAAGAUUUAAAAAUCUGUAUUUUUAAUAAGUAUUCUUUAAAAAAAUUAAAGUACUGAAAUCAACCUAAUUGACAUUUAUUUUUAUUUUAUUUUAUUUUGGUGUGUGGCAACUCUGUAAUCUAGAAUAACAAGGUCACUGAUGUUUCCUCUCCCGUCCCUAAAUUCUCCUAAAUCUUUUACCUUAAUCUGUCCAUAGGCUUUGACUGAAUGUUGGUAUUGGAGCCUGAACACCACUGUAAUUUGCUGAUAUAAGCUAUUUGUAUUCUUUGUUAUUUUAAUAAAAAAUAAGUCCUGGCAUUAAUAG